AUGGCCACCUUUCGGAUCUGUGUUUGCGGCGAUGAGGCCACAGGCAAGAGCUCGCUCAUCACGUCGCUGGUCCGAGACACAUUCGUUUCGUCCAAGAUCCAAAGCGUUCUUCCCCCGAUCACUCUCCCGCCCACGCUGGGUACGCCGGAAAAUGUCACCACGACCGUCGUCGACACAUCGGCUGUACCGCAAGAUCGAGAUGUGCUUCGGAAAGAGCUGCGCAAAUGCAAUGCGAUUCUCUUGGUCUACAGUGACCACUACAGCUACGAACGAGUAGCUCUGUUCUGGCUGCCAUAUUUCAGAUCACUCGGCAUCAACGUGCCAGUAGUCCUGUGCUCAAACAAGAGUGAUCUGAAUCCCGGGACAAACACGGCAGGCGUCGUAGAAGAUGAAAUGCUACCGGUCAUGGCCGAGUUCAAAGAGAUUGAUUCCUGCAUAAGGACGAGCGCACGGGAACACCACAACAUAAACGAAGUGUUCUUUCUGUGUCAAAAGGCAGUCACACAUCCCAUAGCACCGAUAUAUGACGCCAAGGAGAACAACCUCAAACCUGCAGUGGUAGACGCGCUCAAGCGUGUGUUCUAUCUUUGCGACCGAGAUCAGGAUGGCAUACUCAACGACAAGGAAAUCCAAGCUUUUCAAAUGAAAUGCUUCGAGAAGCAGCUUUCAGAUGACGACCUGGCCAACAUUAAACGCUCGAUACACCCACCGCAAUCUGCGUUUGGUGGCAGCCUACAUGAUGAAAAGCUUAGCGAAGGUAUCGAUGUUGAGGGCUUCAUCCAGCUCAAUCGAAUGUUUGCGGAGAAGGGCCGACAUGAGACGAUCUGGAUCAUCCUAAGGAAGUUCCAAUAUUCUGAUAGCUUGUCUCUGAAAGAUAACUUUCUGCACCCCAGAUUUGAUGUGCCCGCCUACGCUUCAGCCGAGCUGUCUCCUGCCGGAUACAGGUUCUUCGUGGACCUUUUCCUGCUCCAUGAUAAGGACAAUGACGGCGGCUUGAGCGACUCUGAGCUGUCCACAUUGUUCGCGCCAACGCCUGGAAUGCCCGUGUCGUGGGUAGAUUCUGGCUUCCCGAGUUGCACCGUGCGCAACGAGGCUGGGUAUAUCACGCUUCAAGGCUGGCUUGCGCAAUGGAGCAUGACGACUUUCGAGAGCCCCAAGACGACAUUAGAAUACCUAGCAUACCUUGGUUUUGAAGGAGAUGGAAAGGGCACAACAUCAGCACUCAAGGCGACCAAAGCUCGCAAGCGACGCAACAAGCCAGGCAGAGUCGAACGCAACGUCUUUUUGUGCUACGUGCUAGGCGCAGCGCAAAGCGGCAAAUCUGCUCUUCUGAACGCCUUCCUCAAUCGACCUUUCAGCACCACCUAUCAUCCAACAAUCCAGCCACAGACCGCAGUAAACAGUGUGGAACUCCAAGGCGGCAAACAAUGCUACCUGAUUCUUGAAGAGCUCGGCGAGCUAGAACCCGCUAUCCUGGAAAACCAGGCGAAGCUUGACGCGUGUGACCUGCUGUGCUACACGUACGACAGCAGCGAUCCUGACAGUUUUGCCCACAUUUUAGAGAUGCGCAAGCGGUAUCCUGCGCUUAUUGCACUUCCUUCAGUGUACGCGGCACUCAAAGCGGACCAAGAUCGCGCUGUACAGCGGACCGAGGUGCAACCUGACAUGUACUGCGAGCAAUUGAAGAUGGCGAAGCCACUUCAUGUUUCAGUCAACUGGCGGUCGAUCGGAGAAUUCUUUGUGCAUCUGGCAGAGUGCGCAACGUUCCCAUCACAGGCAUUUCCCAAGAGUGAGGAGGAGGCUGUGGAUCGUACUGCGCUGUACAUUGGUGUUGCUGCCACAGUCAGUGUUGCGGCCGCCUUCGCUUGGGUUUGGAAACGGAAUUCGCUCUCUUCCUCCACUUGA